CAGCAAGGGAAUUCAAAAACUUUCAAAAACACCAACAAAGUCUUCUGAAUUUUUGUUUUCAAGGCUCUCUCUCUCUCUCUCUCUCUCUCUGAGAGACCUCUGGAACCCUAGGCCCCAAUCCCUCCAUGAAGCUCUGAAAUUACCUUUCAGACCCCUGCCUCGCCGGAGAUACCGCGGAAAUGGCCGAGAAGCCGCCGCCGGUGGAUUACCUUCUUCUUCAAUCGUCUAGGGUUUCAGCGCGCUCUCUGAGCCCCACAUAGAGAAGCCACAACCGUGGGAUCAAACUGAGAGAGAGAGAAUUGUACAUAUCAUUAUAGAUACGUACAUUCGUUGAGGACCGUCUGAUUGGUUAUGGCGAAGGGGGGAUUGGAGAGGCUUCGGAGGAUCGUGCGGACGGUUUUCUUCAUGGUGGCGAUGGUGGCGUCGCUGCUCGUGUCGUCGCUGGCGGUGCUGGUGGCCGUAGGGGACGUGCUCGUGCCCUGCGUUCUGAUCUCGAGCUUUACGUGUGUGCGGUGCUACGGCUUCAAAGAGCACUUGCGUCGAUACGCGUUCAAGAGCUCCUUGACCGAUAUUCCUCUCGUCUCCGUUGUCAGAUCUCUCAUUAUUAUCUGUGUUUAUUCAAUGUGUGAUGCCCCUGCUCUCUCCCACGGUCCAUACCUUGGAACUGUGACCCUGUGUUCAUUUGUCUCAAUUCUUCUACUCUCAGUUAAGGCCUGUGUUUUCACUGUGAAUUCUCAAAUUGAGGCUGAAGCCUCAUCUUCCCUUUCUAGGCAGAAGCUUCAUUUGAAGAAGUCAUGGGGAAUGCCCGUCUUGUUUCUUUCAUCCGUAGUCUUUGCCCUUGGCCAUACCGUGGUUGCAUACAGAACAAGCUGCAGAGCGCGGAGAAAGCUCCUGUUUCACCGAGUUGACCCUGAAGCAGUCCUUUCAUGUAAAAAUGUCUUCUCUGGCUUCCAGAAGGUACCGCGAUCUCCUACUCCCUCUGGAGGAAAGACCCCAAAGAGUGAUAGUGAAAUGAGGCGAAAGCCUUUAGGCUCAGUGCGUGAUGAAGGGGAAAUUCCGAUCAGAUUACUUUCCGACAUUGAUAGUUUAUUCAUGAUAUGCCGAGGGCUUACACUGCAUUACAAGCUCAACUUGCCAGGUUCUCCACCUCGUUCGUUAUCCUCCAUGACCUUUCUUGAACCAAGUCCUAGUUGCACCUCACCAAAAAUGGCCGGGGGAAGGCCAAAACUUGAGAGGCAUCCAUUAAGUGUGUUGUCAAAAAGCCAUUAUCAUCCACUUCACAGGAGCUAUAGCAAUCAAUUUCACAGCUCUUCGCUAUAUGCUCCGUUAUUGGAUGGUUCCUCAACUCCUGUUCUUUCUGAAGAAAUCCCUGUCUUGAGCCUAGAUGAUGUUGGUGAGGAGGGUGGAGUUAGUAAUGUGAACUCUGGGAUUUUAGAGAAGGACCUGCAGGCCAAUGGUCAGUUUGGAGUUGUUCUAGUGCAUGGAUUUGGGGGUGGGGUCUUCUCGUGGAGGCAUGUGAUGGGGGUGCUGUCUAGGCAGGUUGGUUGCAUGGUUGCCGCUUUUGAUCGGCCUGGAUGGGGAUUAACUUCAAGACCACGCCGGGAGGAUUGGGAGGAAAAAGAAUUGCCUAAUCCUUAUAAGCUUGAUACUCAGGUAGACCUGCUUCUUUCUUUCUGUUCUGAGAUGGGGUUUUCUUCAGUAGUUCUUGUUGGGCAUGAUGACGGAGGCCUACUUGCUUUAAAGGCUGCACAAAGAGUCCAAACAUCAUUGAAUUCUUUCAAUGUUGUAAUUCAAGGGGUAGUACUGCUUAGUGUUAGUUUGACGAGAGAAGUGGUUCCAGCCUUUGCAAGGAUUCUUUUGCGCACUUCACUUGGGAAGAAGCACUUGGUUCGUCCUUUACUUCGUACAGAAAUCACUCAAGUGAUUAAUCGGCGUGCAUGGUAUGAUGCUUCCAAGUUAACAACAGAGAUCUUAAGCCUCCAUAAGGCGCCCCUAUGUGUAGAAGGUUGGGAUACAGCACUCCAUGAGAUAGGUAGACUGUCAUCUGAGACAGUCCUUUCACCACAAAAUGCAGAAUCAUUGCUAAAAGCAGUUGAAGCCAUGCCCGUGUUGGUUAUCAACGGAGCUGAAGAUGCCUUUGUCACUCUCAAAUCUUCUCAAGCCAUGGCUUCAAAAUUUGUAAAUUCUAGACUGGUUGCUAUAUCUGGUUGUGGCCAUCUUCCACAUGAGGAGUGCCCCAAGGCACUGCUAGCAGCUAUAUCACCCUUCAUAAGCAGACUCUUGUUUAAUCCAGACUUGCAAAACCAAUAGGAAACGUUUUUAACUUGUAAUAGGGGGUCGCUAUUUGUUUUUGGGGCUUUCCUUUUUUCCUUUCUUAUUUUCAUUUUGCUUUUAUUUUUCUUUUCCUUCUUUUUUCGUCCUUUUUGUUUAAAUCUUUUCUUUUCUUUUCUUUCAGUCAAUUUACCCCAAGAGAAAGGGGCAAAAUGCCAUAUUUUCUUUUGGGUAUUUUUGAUGCGCUAGUCGUCCUGGGUUUUA